AUGCUAACGAAGCUCAAGUACUACCGGGAGAGGGCUCAAGUGCUUGCCUUCGUCUGCCAGCAUUAUUUUUACUCAAGGAAUCCACGAGGGGAGCUACCACUCUAUAACUGGAUGAAAUUCAUCGCUCUUGGAAUGAAGGAAAAGUUCCCACUGAUAACGCAGCUUGAGCCGUCAGAGGCUGGAAGCGAGGCCAUGAAGCCGACUAUAAAGGGGAUAAAGGACGAGUGGGUGCUUCAUCGGGUUCUGCUGCCUCGUUCCGUAAGAGUUCAUGUGGGGGACGUGCUAUGUGUGAGCCUUGAAGCCACAACCACAACCACAGCCACAACCACAACCGCAACCACUGCUGCAUCCCGCGGCCAAGUCAGUCCCCAAGCGGCCACAACCCUUUACUCGCAUACUGAAUCCAUCAACGCCCAUGCACCUGCAGAGCUUCCAGCAAGUCGCAGCAGCAGCACCACCACCACAGCAGAGCCUUGUGAUACCACCGUGACAGCAAGGCCUACAGUCGUGUUUCGGCGAGUCGCAGCCGUUGCUGGAGACGAGAUUGCAUCAUCUCAGCCGUCGGAUGCGCCGUUUCAAAUAGAGCCGAAUCACUUCUGGGUGCUUGCAGACAACCCCGAUGUUCCUGCUAAGGAGGCGUGGGACAGCCGCACAAUAGGCCCGGUGCAUCUGGAAGACGUGCUGGGGAGGGCGAUGUAUGUGGUGCGGUCGAUGCACGACCAUGGGCCCGUCCAAAACAG